AUGUCGUCGACCACCCCGACCAUCAACAAGACAACUUCCAUCAACCAAAACUUAUUGACUCAAUUCGUCAAAACCAAAAAGAGUAAACAUUCGAAAGAAGUCAUGAUUCACCAAUCAAGGGCGACGCCGCCGCCAGAUGACUUCGUGCUCUUUCCACAAGAGGUAAUUAAGGAGAAGCAUUCGAGUAUCAGAGCUGCCAAAUCAUGCCAACCUACCGCAACAAAAAGCGCAAAAAGUUCGUCGUCACCGAUGCCUCGACAUCACGUCAUUGAGCCCAAGUCAGCCACAGCUUCACGGCGAGAAGCUCGCAGGCCCUCGAGACGACCAGUAUGCUUGGAACAUAUGUCGACAGUCAAUUGUACUGUCGACUGCGCCAACGCCAAGCCACUGGCGCAUCUGAAGAUGCCGCCUAAGGCGCCAUCACCACCGCGCCUGCCCACGCCUGAUCUAUCUGACCUUGAGGACGAUGAUCUCUGGUCUUGCUGUGGAUCGUCUUGGUCUUCUUUGAGUAAGGAGAGUAUUCGCUGCAACCGUAACGCUGACAUCAUGUGGGAUGAAAUGGAAGGGAAGCUGACGAAAGGAAAGGCAUGGCAGAGUAGAAGCAGCAGUGAUGCGAGAAAAGCGGCACUCAAAAGAGAUUGCUGA